UCCUCCAGUCGUGUGUGGGGAGAUCUCUCUUGGAGCUGGAGAGGAGAGGUCGGACGUCUCUCUCCUCCAGCAGCAGCAGCAGCAGCCGGGUUUCUCUGCUUUCAGCCUUUUCUCCGCUUCAUCAUGGAUCUGUGGACUAAAAGUGUCGCUGGGAUUAUCGCUCAGAUCGCGCUGCUGCUUCUCUCCAGCUCUCACAGGACAACCGGAGAAGAGGUGUGUGACGGCGCGUUGGUGUCCAAUCUGCCUCCAUCGACCUUCAGAAGCUCCUCUCAGCUGUCCAGCAGUCACGCUCCGGGCUUUGCCAAACUCAACAGGAGAGAAGGAGCUGGAGGCUGGUCUCCCCUCACCUCAGACCGGUAUCAGUGGUUGGAGGUCGACCUGGGCGAGCGGACCAAGAUCACCGCUGUCGCUACGCAGGGUCGCUACGGCAGCUCCGAUUGGCUGACGUCCUACCUGCUGAUGUUCAGCGACACGGGACACAACUGGAAACAGUACAGACAGGAGGACAGCAUAGGGUCUUUUCCAGGUAACAGUAAUGCUGACAGUGUGGUUCAGUACAAACUGCAGCAGCCCGUGAUCGCUCGCUUCCUCCGCCUCAUUCCUCUGGACUGGAACCCCAGCGGGAGGAUCGGACUCCGUCUGGAGGCCUCCGGAUGUCCUUACACGUCUGAUGUCAUGAGUCUGGACGGCGUCAGCAGCAGCCUGGUGUUCAGGUUGAGUCCCGGGCUGAGACAAACGUCCAGAGAUGUCAUGUCUCUGCAGUUCAAAACCCUGAGGAAUUCUGGGACGCUGCUGCACGUAGAGGGAGAGGGAGGACUCGGCCUCAGUCUGGAGCUAGAGAGAGGAAAGCUGCUGCUGCUGCUGCUGCUCAGAACAGGUAGGACUCCAUCCUCUGAGCCCCGGCGGCUGGCUUCCCUCGGCAGCUUGUUAGAUGAUCAGCACUGGCACCAUUUGGCGUUCGAGCGACGCAGCUCUCACCUCAACCUCACGGUGGACAAACACACAGAGAGGGUUCAAAUCCCUGCAGAGUUCAACCACUGGGACAUCAAGCAGUUGAGCGUCGGUGCAGUCCACGAUGUCGGCUCUCAGAAACCAGUUGUCUCCAAGAGGAACUUUCAAGGCUGCCUGGAAAACCUUCAGUACAAUGGCCGCAACUUGAUAGAGCUAGCUAAACACAAAGACCACCAAGUUACAGUUGUGGGCAAUGUGACCUUUUCUUGUGCUGAGCCGGUUUCUGUUGCCGUGACGUUUCCCGGCCCGCAGAGCUUCCUCCAGCUGCCGGCGGCGACAGCGUCCUCCUCUGGGGGCGUGUCCAUUGGGUUUCAGUUCAGGACGUGGAACAAGGCGGGGCUUCUGCUCACCUUUGACCUGGCUCAGGAAGGGGGCAUGGUCUGGUUGUACCUGAGUGAGGCCAGACUCCGAAUGCAGAUCCAUAAGACUGGCAGAGCGCUGCUGGAGCUCAGCGCAGGCUCUGCUCUUAAUGACGGUCAGUGGCACUCAGUGGAGCUGAUCUCCAGACGAGGUCGUCUGACAGUCUCUGUCGAUAAAGAAGAAGGAGGUGUUGCUCAUGCCGGCUACUCCAUCAUCACAGGAAGUAAACUCUUCUUUGGUGGUUGUCCAGCAGAAGAAAACAGUCAGGAAUGCAAAAACCCCUUUAACAUCUUUCAAGGCUGCAUGCGUCUCCUCAGCGUGGACAACCAGCCAGUGGACCUGAUAAUGGUGCAGCAAAGACUGCUGGGAAAUUACAGUCAACUGCAGAUCGACAUGUGUGGCAUCAUUGACAGGUGUUCUCCGAGUCGUUGUGAGCACGGCGGUCUCUGCAGUCAGUCCUGGACCAUGUUUCACUGUAACUGCUCUGACAGCGGAUACAGCGGAGCCACCUGCCACAGCUCUGUGUACGAGCAGUCCUGCGAGGCGUACAAACACAACGGCAACACGUCGGGACAUUUUCACAUCGAUGUGGACGGCAGCGGACCAAUCAAACCGCAGCUGGUCUACUGCAACAUGACAGAGGAGACCACAUGGAUGGUGAUCCAGCACAACAACACAGAGCUGACCAGAGUCCGACCGUCUCCAGGUGUGAACCAGCGUUCAGUCCACUUUGACUACUCCACGAGAGAGGAGCAGUUAUCAGCAGCCAUCGGCCAAUCAGAGCACUGUGAACAGGAGCUGUCCUACCACUGCAUGAAGUCCCGCCUCCUCAACACUCCAGAGGGCUCUCCGUUCAGCUGGUGGUUCGGCGGUCCUGGUCCCGGUACUCUCCAGACUUAUUGGGGUGGAGCUCAGCCAGGCAGCCAGCAGUGUGCCUGCGGCCUGCAGGGCGUCUGUGUGGACCCACAGCACUACUGCAACUGUGACGCUGACCGCAUGGAGUGGACUGAAGAUUCUGGCCUUCUCACCCAAACGGAGACCCUCCCUGUCAGGUCUCUGGUGCUGGGUGACGUCCAGAGGCCGGGCUCAGAGGCCGCCUACAGGGUGGGGCCGCUGCGUUGUCAUGGAGACAAGAAUUUCUGGAACGCUGCGUUCUUCGACAAAGAGACGUCGUACCUCCACUUCCCCACCUUCCACGCCGAGCUGAGCGCAGACGUCUCCUUCCUGUUUAAAACCACGGCCGCCUCCGGUGUGUUCCUGGAAAACCUGGGCAUCAAAGACUUCAUCCGGAUCGAACUGAGCUCCUCCACUCAGGUGGUCUUCUCCUUCGACGUGGGCAACGGGCCGCUGGAGGUUCGCGUGGAGUCGAGCGAGCCGCUGAACGACAACCGGUGGCAUCGAGUGCGAGCCGAGCGCAACGUCAAGGAGGCGUCCCUACGAUUGGACGGACUCCCUGUCGCCACUCAGGAAGCUCCUGCUGACGGGCACUUCCACCUGCAGCUCAACAGCCAGCUCUUCAUAGGAGGCACAGCGUCCAGGCAGAAGGGCUUUCGGGGCUGCAUUCGCUCCCUGCAGCUGAACGGCGUCACUCUGGACCUGGAGGAGAGGGCGAAGAUCACACCCGGGGUUCGACCCGGCUGCCCGGGUCACUGCAGCAGCUACGGCUCGCUCUGCCAGAACCAGGGCCGCUGUGUGGAGAGAGCCAACGGCUUCCACUGUGACUGCAGCCUGUCGGCAUACACAGGAGUCUUCUGCAACACAGAGGUGUCGGCCAGCUUCAAAUCCGAGACCUCCGUCAGCUACACCUUCAAGGAGCUGUACGAGUUAAGAGGAAACAGCAGCGCUCUGCCGUCCUCCAUCUACUCCGACACGACGCUGAGAGGAGAGAACGUCUCCCUGAGCUUCAGGACCAAUCAGAGUCCGGCUGUGCUGUUCUACGUCAGCUCGUACUACAGAGAGUACCUGGCCCUGCUCAUCAACAAGCAUGACAUGCUGGAGGUGAGAUACAAGCUGGACAGCAGCAGAGAGGCUGAAGUGUUGAGGAGCAGAGUGAGGAGUCUGGCUGACGGACAGCUUCACACCGUAAACAUCAGGAGACAGGCCGACUCUGUGACUGUGCAGAUCGACCAAAACCCCAGAGAAGACUUAAACCUGACGUCUGACGGAGAAUUCAACGCCAUCAAGUCGCUGGUGUUGGGCAGAGUGCUCGACUCUGAUGAUUUGGAUCCAGACCUGAGCGGGGUGGCGUCUCUCGGUUUCACCGGCUGCCUGUCGGUGGUCCGCUUUAACUUCAUCAGCCCUCUGAAAGCCGCUCUGCUCCACCCAAACACCAGCCCCGUCACCGUCACCGGACCUUUAGUGCAGUCUAACUGUGGCUCCUCGGCUUCAGCCAAUCCCUACGCAGCUGAGAACACACACCACCUGUCAGAUCAGUCGGGUUCAGUGGGUUCAGGUGAACCGUUGGUCAAUGCCGUGAGAUCGGACUCCGCUCUGAUUGGAGGUGUCAUAGCAGUGGUGAUCUUUGUGAUCGUGAGCGGUCUGGCCAUAACCGCCAGGUUGUUCUACAGGAGGAAAGAGACGUACCGAAACCAGGAAGUGAAGGGAGUCAAACAGGAGGACAGUCAGGACUUCUCCUUCAACAACCAGACUGACUCACAGAACGUCUCCUGUGAAAACCCAAAGGAGUAUUUCAUUUAACUGCAGGACAGAUGACCUGAAGAUGAUGAAGAUGAUGAUGAAGUGGUGUGUUUCAAAGCAGAGGUGUCAGACGGGUCGUGUCCUGCAUCGCCUCAGGACUUUGAGCAGCACUCAGAGCCAAUCAGAGCCUUUGCUGGAGGUUGUGGCUCCACAGAAUAUAAUAAGAAAGCAAAAAACAAGAACAAUGUAUUUAUCUGUUUAUAAUGUUUAUACUGAGAAAAAAAAAGGUGUUGAUAUGCUUGUUUUAAAAUCUGUAAAUAUUCAAAAGUGUAAAUGUUGUGUCUACAGCGAUCUCUAAUUAAUGUCACUCUUAAGGACAUCUUGUUUUCACGGUUUGAUUAAGAGUGUUCAAACUCGUUUAUUUCUAUAUUUCACUGAAUGUUUUGUGUGUUUGGAUUUGUGGCUGGACUUACGGUAUUUGUCUGAUGCAUUUUUUUUAUGAGUAAACUGAAAGGCUCUACUGGAAGUGGAAAUGUUUGACCCUACGAUCAAGCCCUCAAGAAGAGUACUUCCAUAAUUAUAAGUGUUGGUGGUUUGUUUAUGUGUGGUGCCUUCUUUUAGAGAGUGACAGUAUGCACAGUUAAGAGGCUGUUGAUCUUUGAAACCCCAUUAAGGGAAACCUGUGUGAGUUCCUGCAGCCUGGCGCCCCCACACUAAUUGGCAAAAAUUAAUCAGUGUGGACACUUUCAUUUCAGAUCUGAUAUUCUAAGAGGCGUUAUCAUGAAAGGCCCAAAGAUGCAGCAACAAACCAGAGCAGCAGAACAUGUCAUGUAGCGUGCGGCUGUAAUGCUAGGUAGCUAAGUCAAACAUCCAGUUAAAUUCAAAGAUUUUGUUCAUGAGCCAACUCUAACUCAAGAGGUGAUCUUAUGUUAUGUACAAAGACAAUCCAGCAACUGUGCCAAGUGAUACAAAUCAUUCAGAUGACGUAGAGAUCCUACAUUUUAGUUUAGUUUAUUUGUUUUAACCAGAGGGAGAAAUGUGCCUCAGACUGUGCAGCCAAAGCUCAAGCAAAGAUCAAGAACCUCCUGAACACACCAGAAAUGGUCAAUUAAAACACUAUUGAUUAACUUUAUGUAAAGUUUUAAAGGUCACAUAUUCUAAGUUUAAAAAAGUCUCAGAGCUCCUCAAAACAUGUAUGUGAAGUUUUUUGUUCUAAAUCCACUCUGAUCCUGUGUUUGAUCAUGACUAUAAACCCCUCUAUUUCAGCCCUGCUCAGAACAGGCUGUUUCUGUGUCUGUACCUUUAAAUGUAAAUGAGCUGUGUCUGACCACGCCCCCUCUCUGGAAGGGCUUGGUUGGCUCAGGUUUUCUUGCUCCAUGUCCUAUUGUUUACAGUGUGAAGGCAGACUUAGAGGGCAGAACAAACACCUAGCUGUGGGAGUGUCACCCACCUGGGGGAGGGGCUACUGCCCUUUGUGAUGUCACGAAGGGAAAAUCUCCAAAUACAGACCCAGAAAUGCAGGAAUUUUAGGGAGUCCCAUCAAUGGCUGUCGUCAUGCUGGAAAUGCCGUCUCAACCUAAGUUUCAGUCAAGCUAACGACAGGCUGAGAGCUUGAGCUGAGGCGGGUUUUAAGCCUCUUGACAAACCGCUACAUCGCGCCCACUUGUCAAUCAGAUCAAUCCUAUCGUGAAUAACUCUUAUCCUUUAUGAAAUCCAAACAGAUUAGUUAUCAAAUAUGGGGAUCUAAUAUGGGGAAGAUUAGAUUUGAUCACUUAACCUGAACGUCUGUCUGAAUAUGUGGAGUAAACAAACACAUCUGCAAAAAGAAAUAAAACAUAAGCUUGCAGAUUUGUCUGUUUCCCAGGCCAUGCUCCCUGCAUUCACUAAAAUCCAGGACAUUGUGUUACAAUAGUCUAACUCGAGUCUGCUCAUUAUUUAAACAUUUUCUAGAGUGAUUCUCCUGCACACACAUUUUGCACUCACAGACUUUUUUUUACAGCUAACAAGUGGAUAUUCAGAAGUCAACUCUGUGCAUCCUGAUGAGCACACUGCAAAUGUUCACAGUUAGAGUGAUGGGACACGGCAGUCUGGCAGCCACUGUUAAAGAUAUUAUAUUCCACUUUGUUUUUUUUUUUUUCAUCUCUAUUCAAUUCUUUACCUCUGUCUCUCUUCUCUCUUCCUGGUUUCCGACAUCUCAUGGAAAAGCAGUGAUCAAAAACAUCCUCCAUCAGCGUUGAACGUUUCUAGGUUCCUAUAGCAAGCUUUUCAAAAAGAUAGUCAUGAAAGGCUCGCACAGGUUAUUACGAAAGUCUUGUGAAAGUUUUCUCCUUCCUGCUGUGAGCUUCCUCUCGCUCUGCUCUCCAAAUGUCUCUGUAGUGUAAAGCUUUUAAUGCUGACAGCAGCACGGACUCCACAACAGUGAGGCUGUCUGUCACCUCGUUCACUGCACACAGAGACAGUUAAUGUGAUUUUUUGUAAAAUGCUAAUCUCCUGCAGUCUGGCAGGUGCAUUGUGACUGGCUGAAAAGCAAAGAAAUGAUCAGAAGGAGAUAGAAGAUAAUCCAAAGAAAGUGUCAGACAGACAUGGAUGUAAUCUAAAAACAGGCGGAUAUUACCUCUUAGAGAAUGUAGCAGAGUCUGUCAUGUGUUAACUCUCCUCAUGUGUCAAGAGAGAGCUGCUGAUUGCUGACGGAGGGAGAACAGAGAGGCAGCUGUUUGUCUAACUAACACCCAUCGUUUCUCUCUGAGAUGUCAGAGCACGGCAGGGAUUUUAAUGACAAAAGUUGCCAAAACUUCAAAGUGCAUUAUUCAUUCUUCUUCUGUUUCCUUUUCUCCCCGACAUCACAACAGCGGAGACGGCACGUUGUUGUUUUUUCGAUUUCAGAGAAGUUCAUUUUUUUGGUGAAGAAGUAGAAGUGCCCUUGGUCCUGCAGCAGUGCAGCGCUGUGAUCGACGAGAGGCUCUCAACAGGUAACCUUGACCGGCUGAUGGUUCUGCAGACUGAGUGCAGCUGGAGGACACUGAAUGAGAAUGCAGUGAAAUAAAAUAACAACCUCGAUUCAGGGGAGAAAAAACAUUGGAGUUUUGUUAGUCGGUGUCCACUGAGGAGGAAGAUUUUAGGCAGUGAAGAAAAAGUUGCAUUUCAUUGAGCUGUCAAGUUCAUUGUAAGCAUUUGAAACGAUGCACAAAUAAAUAUAGAAGCGUUUCUAUCGAAUGAAUAAAUGGUCAAUGCAAAGUGUAAUUUUCAAUUAGUUGGUGGUAUAGUCCAUGUUUUCCAAUUGGCUCUAAUCCUGCAGUAAACAGAAAGAAAAAGUACAGGUAGUUUUCUUGGCCAUGGCCAUCUAAGGCCGGUCAUACACUGCACGGAUUGAGGCCAUUCUGUCCUGAUUUUAGAGCAGCUGAAAUUUCAGCACCAUCUUGAGUCAUUUGUGUUCGGGAGUGCACAAGGGAUGAUCACAGCCUGAUCAGCUGCUCCCGUCCAGUCGGAUGAAAUUCUUGCAUGAUUGAAAUGUUGGACGUAGGACUGCAUACUCUGACGCAGAGAAAGCAGAGGCACAAACUGAUUCCAGCUUCAGGGAAUUUUUUUUCACUGAUUAGGGCCUGCAGAAACUGGCAGACAGCGUCUGAGAGCAUCCUGAUGAGAGACCAGUGCCUCUGCUUUUUUGGAGGUUUAAGCACGCAGGGUGGCACAGAUCCCACAGGGCAGCACAUUUCUGCUCUGUUAGCAUUGUACCAAUCUUUCAGCUCGCUAGCAAAACAACCACUUCA